GGGAGGGAGGGAAUGGGCUAGGUGAGUAACUUCUGCUGUUCUUUGGGCAGAAGGUAUUCUUGAAAUAUUUUAGCUCUCCAUUCCUCCCCCUCCCAGAACAUUAAUUCUUUUUUAUUCCCUGACACUUAAAAGAAAAGCUUCAUGUUCAAUUUCUUUGACAUUAUAGUAAGCCUGGUUAUUACUUGAUCUACUUAGCUGUAGUGAUUUUGUGAAAGAAAAAGAUUCUCAAAGAUAUAGAUACCUGGAAAAGUGAAAGAUUUUUCUUUCUGAUUCAUCAGAAUGAAAGCUGCUGGGAUUUCUAAGUCCUGGGAAAUGUAGACUAACAAGCAUUGGAAAGGCAAUAAUAUUCAAACGGGCAAUGAAUGACCUAAUGUGAACCAGUCCUGUGACAUUCAUUAUUCUGUUUCUGUUACUUGGGUGUUCUGUCUGGUGUGAAAUACAAAUGUGUGUGGUAAUAGGAGGUACUGAACUUGCAUAUUGAUCCAGUUUACUUACAACACCUCUACAGAGACUUGUCUCUGAAACAACUUGCAAAUUUAAUGCAUUAUCUCAGUUAAAAUCAUUUUUUAAAAUAUGAUCUGUUCAGCUUUAUAAUUUUAUGUAGGUAUGUUAAAAUAAAGCUUUGAAGUAGCAUGUAUACAUUGAUAUUUUUGAAAAGAACAAGUAGUGCUGGUAAUCACUUUCCAGAUUUUCUUUGAUGUAAAUGUUUAUCAUUUCAUAGUUCUAUACAGUAUUUGGACUUACAAGAAAGGAUGUGUUCUCUGUUAACAUUCUUGUUUGAAUGAUCAAAGUAAGUAUGUUAUCUCAGAAUUAAUCUAACAGUCUUUUUGGUCAGUGUCAUCUUAGCCUCUCGACAUGUCAGGUUACUUUGCUGUUUUCUCUAAGCUUAGUUCAUGGGCAGUUUAUCAGUCCAGGCUUAUGGAGUUUUAUUUGUAUGUGUACAUUUUAUUGUACUAGCAUCUAAUAUAUGUACUCAAACCCAGCUAUGCAAUGUUUGAAAACAAAUUUAAGUGGCUUGUAACUACCAAAAAUAAAUAAAAACCUACCCUGCAUUUUUGUUUGUGUUUUGUUUUAUUUUUGCAAAGUGUUUUGAAAUAAAAAGAUCUGCUUUCUGUACACACAACAUAUUGAAGAUCUUAGCAUGUCUGAAACACUGCUGUUUGCAAUUGAAGGAAGUGGAGUCUUUUAUCGACCAAAUGCAUAUUUAUGUAAUGAUUAAAGGUAAGCUGCAGUACCGGGAAGGGACUGCUGGCAUUUGAUGUGCUAGCUGUACAAUUCUGUCAGUGGGGAGGAAGGGCUGAAGUGACUGUUGCAGAAGGAGGCAGCGCAGGACCACAGCCAUAGCAGCAAGGUUUAGGUAUGGAAGAGGCAGAUCUCACACAUCAGCCAGGUGAUCAACGAAGCAGGCUACCCUGUAUUAUUAACACAGGGUUGUGUGACUUGCUUAUUCUCUAAGGAGCCAUAGAUCCAUUUCUAAUGUUUCACAGUGCAUUGAAUUCAAAGUGGGGGGAGAGUCAGAGUGAAAGGCAGGUUGGUGGCCAGCAGUGAAACUGGGACAUGUAACUAGUAACUCCGGAUGACUUCUGUGUACUAUAUAUGGAGGUGCAGUAUACAGUUACAGGAGGUGGAAGGUAGUGUGGGAUGUAGUUGUAGUCUGUAGUUGCUAAGUGGACUGUCUGUGAAACCUAGUACUUGGAGAUCUGGUUUAGUUGCAUGUGGUUUUCCUCGGUGUGGUUUUUAUGACAGCUGGAAAGCAAUACCUUGAAAUCCUUAGUGGCUUUAGACUGGCCUACACUGUCUCCCCUUGCUGUGAACUUGCAGCUGCAUUCAGCAGAAGUACUUGAGCUGAUGUUUUUCUUUGUAUAGUGAGCAACUGUUAUACAUCUGGAGGGCUUGUCCCCAAGCAUGAAUUAAGCUGUGUCUGUGGCUCCCCUCUCCCCAGUCAAUCUGCAAACACCUGUUCUGGCAAGACCUUGAGAAGGAGAGGGUCUGCCUCUUCCCUGCCUGAGUUCGUGCAGGUAUUCUUUCUUUUCCCCCAGACUACUGAGAGUUCCUGUCUGUUCAUGGCUCUAGGAGCUAAAUUGGAUAUAUUCUUAAAAUUGUGAAGUAAUAGGAAAAGUACCUCAAAGAGCUCUAGAGGAAAGAGGUAAGGGAAUUAAACUAAGAAAAUGCAACACAAAUGGGAGUUCAUUUAGGUGUAGCAGCAAAAGCUGUAAAACUCUAGCAUGUGAAGACACCUUUUUAUUUAAGUGUUUGAUACCACAAGUGUGUGUUCUUGCACAAACAGCUGGACACCUUUGCAGAUUAUUACUGAGUUUGUACCACCGUAUUGAUGUUCUAUGUAUAUCUUGAUUUUCAGUCUCAGUUUUAAAAAUGAUUCGAAUCUGAGACUUUGAUGCUCUGAGUACAUACCUUCUAAAAGAGUCCUGGUAGGAAGUGCAACAGAUUGCUGAUGUCUACGGGCUGCAAGAAACUCUUCUUUUUUUCCUUCUUGUACCUUGCAGCCACUAUCUAGGUCUGUAUGUAUAUAUUAAUGCGUUCUGAUAAUUAUAAGUUUAAAUGUUAAACACCUUCGUAAUGUCAGUAAGGCUUAAUAAUCCUGUCAUGUGUGCUUUAUGAAUUGUGCAUGUUGUAGCUCACAGUGUAUUGAAGUAUGUUUGUGCAGAUUCAUUUGUGGAUAUCUUGAAAGCCAAUGCUGUAUUUAUAUUGUUAAGCUAACUUUUAGUUCCUGUAAACAUCCUACACUCAGCUAUAACAAGUGGUAGGGCUGGGGGGUGGAUGUUUACUUCAACUGACUUGGAAAGGCAGCUUUCCUGAAUGAUCAAGUGACCUAUUGGCAAGACUGGAAUACUAUAUAUAUAUUUUUUUCAAUAGUAUUCAAACAAACUUAAUGUAAAUAUUCUUCUUUCUGUGGAAGCAGUUUGUAUUUUUAUAAAUGCCUUAAUGCUUGAGUUACAAUUUAUAUUGACCAUGUACAAACAUCCAUGUUUAUUGUAAAGCAGUCUUUAACUGCUGAAAUCUGUAUUUUCAUAAUCUUCCAAUAAAUUGUAAUAAUGUACCUUUGUCUUGAAAAGUAGCUCCUGGUGUCCUUAUCUCAUUCAGGAUACAUUGAUGAUAGGGAAAUAUCUAGAAUCUAAUAGUGAAUGUUCAGUUCUCAGUGUAGCAGUGAUUUAUUGCUUUGUUACCUAUUUUUUCAUUGCUAAAUAGAUACGUUGGGUAAUGCAAAAGGAAGAAAAAUUGGAAAAAAAAUUAAUAAAACUAUUCAGAUUUAAGUAUUUUUUUUGCCCUUACAGCUAACAGAAUGAGAAAUGUCCUAUUUUGUUGGGGAAAAUCUAGGUAGCGGAAGAAGGAGACAAAUGUCUUCAGUUUUCUAUGUAAUUCUUUACAUCAUGUCAUACCUCCUGGAAUCCCAUCCCUUGUACUGAUGGAUGUGUUAUUAAAUGAAUGCAGCGUCAACACUCGAAGAAUAUUAAGUGCUGGGUUUAACUGUUUAAAGAGAACUUAAAAAAUAACUUUUCUUUAGCUUAAAGAAUGAGGGAUAUGGGAAUCAUUGUGAAGCAUAGCCUGCUUUCUUGGACUGUCAUUUGAAAACUUUGUAUCUCUGGAUAUUGGAAAGGUUUUGACACUAAGACGUAACACUUUCUGCUUGUAAGAACAGGAAACACAUUAUGACUCUUACGAAGUCUUUUUAUUUUACUUGACAUAAGUAAACACCUUCGUCUAUAGUUAAAAUUUCUGUUCUUUUUCUUUCUUUCAAACUGAAGAAGUAUUUUUAAUCUACAGAAGCUCUUGUGGUCAGAUUUUAGGCAAUAUAUGCUACUGCAAGCAAUUGCAUGCAGGAAAAUAGAUCAGAAAUCCUGUAUUCACGUAGAAUUCCACUGUGAGAACACUACAGUAUGCUCAGGUAUUUACUGUGUGUAUAUAUACAAAAAAAUUUUUUUUUCCUACUGUCAUAUUUUUAUUAAAUGUAUCUGUGUAAUCAGGGCAAACCUCCAUGAAUUUUCCAUUUAUGGCAAACUACGGAAGCAUUAGGGAUGUGCAAAUCCUGUAUAGAAGAGAUCACGUGAUAAGAGAAAAGCUUAUGUCCAGAACAGUAUCUGCUUUUUUUUUAGUUGUUGUUAUUCAAUUUCCAAUAGUUAGAUGCUCUGUGACAUCCCUAGUGAUGUCCAAGAGAACUUAACUUUAAGUUGGUAGUGUGCCUCUUCCUGUUUUGAGGAAUCACCCCAGUGAGGAUUACCAUGUUCUUGGAAGUGCUGGACAAUACAACAGGACAGCAGAAGUAUAGCGAACGUGGUAGCCAUAACAUGUUGCAGCUUUGCUGUCUUGCAUUACGUGGUAAUGUUGAUGCACGCUCUUGAACUAUUUCACUAACGUUUUUCUACUCUUCCUCAAGUUCUAGAAAGGUGGAUGUAAACAGCACAUCUUUACAUUACAUCCUGGAGAAUGCAGUGAAAUGCAUUUGCUGUUCUUUCUCAGUAAUCUGGAUCAGUUUCCUUGCUUGGUGUGUUGUGUGGCACCACAAAGAGUCACGCUAGUGCAGCCAAGGGGCAGCACAGUGAUUUAAAAAAAAAAAGGAAUCCUCAAGUCAAGAUUACUGCUAACAAAAAGUUGAAAAGACUCGUCCUUUCAAUGAGCACACUUUUUAUCUGGAAGUAGUUGAUAGUGUGAAUAGCAGGUAAACAACAGGAGCCAAUCAGAUGUGGAUGUAUACUUUGGCAUGCUAGCAGGUUUGUUUUAAAUGCAUUUGACAUCUAAAGUUUGUAUUGCAGAAGCAUAAAUAUGUAUCUAAAACUCUGGAGACUUGUUGGCUUUUUAUUAUACAAAGAACAGAUGUGGCUCUUUUUGAUAGGAUGUUUAAAAAUCAGAGGAGUAAAAUCUGUUAAAAAUGGUAACACGAAAGAUCCUAUUGAAACUUAAAUAUAUUUCAAGUAACUAUUUGGGGCAUGCAGUAGUUUGGAUUUUACAGUGGUAAGACUUCAAGCCUGAAAAAAGAUUCUUGGCAUAGUGUAUAUUUUAUUGCACACUUGAGAGAAACUUUAAUCACUGUGGACUGGACUUGAGGUAAACAAGCCUGGAUAAUGUUUUAACAAUUUACAAAGUCCUGAUCCAGAAAAGUACCAUUAUUAGGCUCCAGGGUUGAAAGUUUCUGUUUAGCUACUCCUUGCAUAAGCAGACAUCAGAAUAAGUUAUAAAAAUGCUCUUGUCAAACAAUUCCAGAUAGUUUGGUUCCUCCUAAAGGAGACAGCCUACUCACUGAGGUGUGUCAGGAUCUGUUAUCCUAAGAUGAAAUUUGUAAAGGUAAGCCAAGCUGUGUGUGCGUGUGGUGUUUUUUGGUGAGAAUUUGAGGAGAAUGGGUAUUGUGCAUGCCUGUAUCCUUGCAUGUGCUUGGCUGCACAUACUGCUGUUUUAAAAGUGUCCACUGCUAACUUGUUUUACUUCCUCUGAAUAUCUCUUGUUGAGAAUUAAAUAAACUAAACUAAUUCUGCUAUUGCUUUUUUCCUCAGCCAUAUUUAUUGGCUAAUGUUUGUUUUUUCUAGUUUUCAGUAAAGCAAAGCAAGACAAACUUCUAGCCUUUGAGAUGUGCUUAAAGAUUCUAAACAUAAAAUAACACUGCCGAAUUUGAAACUCUGUUUUACGUCAUGUAGUUCAUUCCUCUUCCAUUGUGUUGGUGCUUUUUAAACAGAUAAGUCAUAAUCCUGUGGCGCCAGUGACAGCAUAAAACAAAGUUGGAUAAGUAGCUGGGAGAAGGAUACAGAAUGUAUGAUUUAUAAGAUCGUCUGGAAGUUUUGCGUAGUUAUUACGACAAAGGGGUCAGUUCCAUCUUCAUGUGUAAGCUUUGUAACUUAUUUUCACCAAAUCAAUCAGAAUUAUUGUCUCACGUCUCUGAGAAGCAUAAAGAAGAAGGGACUAAUGUGGAUGACAUCAUUAUUCCACUCCAACCACUAACAGCACCCACAGAUUUAAACAAAAACGGAGAAGAGCUUCUUGUAGUGAAGAGAAAAAGGGGCAGACCAAAAGGAUCUACUAAGAAGUUUUGUGUGGAUGAAGAAGUGGCAGAGAACUGUAAUUCUGCUCCAAGCGAGGAAGCUCAGCCUGGGUCGGAGGAAGGACCGGAACCGGCUGAAGUUUCACCGGGCAGUUUGGAAUGCAGGAAAUGCAGUCGCAAGUUCUCUAACACGCGUCAGCUGAGGAAGCACAUCUGCAUUAUUGUUUUAAAUGAAGGAGAGGAAGAAGGAGAUGGAGGUAAUGAUUCUGACGUUGACCUUGACAGGAAGGAAGAUGAGCGAGAAAAACCUCCAAAGAGGCCCAGAGUUCAGAAAGCAGAGAAAACUCUAUCAACUAAGGAGGCUGAACAGGUUUCAGGAGCUAAAAAUCCUAUUAUAAGUGUGGUUUUGACAGCCCAUGAAGCUAUUCCAGGAGCCACAAAAAUUGUCCCAGUUGAGGCUACUCCCCAAGAAAGUGAACCCACAACUCCAGAGACAACAGUUCAAGACCCAUCACAACGAAGAGGGUAUCAAGAAUAUGCCAUUCAGCAAACCCCAUAUGAACAGGCAAUGAAAUCAAGCAGGUUAGGUCCAACUCAGCUGAAGAUUUUUACAUGUGAAUACUGUAACAAGGUAUUCAAAUUUAAACACUCCCUCCAAGCACACUUGAGGAUUCAUACAAAUGAAAAGCCUUACAAGUGUUCAUACUGUAAUUAUGCCAGUGCAAUUAAAGCCAACCUAAAUGUUCACAUGCGGAAACAUACAGGGGAGAAGUUCAGCUGUGAUGAUUGUACAUUCACUUGUCUCAGCAAAGGCCAUCUCAAAGUCCACAUUGAAAGAGUUCACAAGAAAAUUAAGCAGCAUUGUCGCUUCUGCAAAAAAAAGUACUCAGAUGUUAAAAAUUUAAUCAAGCAUAUCAAGGAAACACAUGACCUUCAAGACAAAAAAGUGAAAGAUGUUUUUGACGAGCUUCGCUUGAUGACACGAGAGGGCAAAAGACAGCUUCUUUAUGACUGCCAUAUUUGUGAACGCAAAUUCAAAAAUGAACUGGAUCGAGACCGUCAUAUGCUGGUUCAUGGUGAUGAAAGGCCCUUUGCAUGUGAGCUCUGUGGUCAUGGAGCCACUAAAUAUCAAGCUCUUGAGCUUCAUGUUCGAAAACACCCUUUUGUAUAUGUGUGUUCUGUCUGCCUGAAGAAAUUUGUUAGUUCUGUAAGACUCCGUGCUCACAUCAAAGAUGUGCACACGGAUUUGCCGGAAACUUCUGUUUUUAACAGCUCUAUCAAUCAGAGUUUCUGCCUGCUUGAGCCAGGAGGUGAUAUCCAGCCAGAAGCACUUGGUGAACAGCUAGCACAAAGUGCAGAUGAAUUGAAUAUCAUGACUACUGAUGCUAUUAACAUACCCAAACCAUCUGCUUGUAAAGGUGAAUCAAAGGCUGCAGAGGUAAACUAUAAUGGUCAGCAUAAUGGUGACUUAAAAGUCAAUACAGCCCCUUCCUUAGAAUUUGAAAAUCCUUUGGUGGAGAAUGUAGCAGAGCCACUGUGUCAGGCAUCAACAGACAUAGCAGCCCCAAAUAUUCAAUCCUGUGUAGCAUCAGAUUGCUUUAUGAUGAAAAAUGGUACCUCUGCUCCUGAUGAGUUAAAAGUUUCUCCUGGAAAUGAAGAAGUUGUUAAUCAUUGCAGUUCUGUAAAUAUUCAGGGUGAGGAAAUCCAAAUUUUGUUGUCAGAAGACAAAAGUUUAAAUCAAAAUCAGAACAACACAAUGACUGAGAACCCAUCUGAAGAGAAAAAUCAUUCUGUUUCUUCUAAUGAAUCAGAAACAAAUAAACCAUCAAAUCAAAAUUCAACAGAAGUCCCUAAUCCUUUGCCAGCACCAGAUUCUAAUGCAGCCAGCAGUUCACAAGCAGACUCUUCUAAUGCAGUUACAACAGAUAAUCGGAGUGGAGCUGUUGCCUUUAUGCAGAUCUUGGACAGCUUGCAGAAGAGACAAAUGAACACAGAGUUAUGUGAGAGGAUAAGAAAGGUUUAUGGAGACUUGGAAUGUGAAUAUUGUGGCAAGUUGUUUUGGUACCAAGUGCAUUAUGACAUGCAUGUUCGUACACACACUCGAGAACAUUUGUAUUACUGCUCCCAGUGCAAUUAUUCAUCAAUCACCAAAAACUGCCUUAAGCGUCAUGUCAUUCAGAAACACAGUAAUAUUUUGCUGAAAUGUCCCACAGAACACUGUGACUACUCUACUCCAGACAAAUACAAGCUCCAGGCACACCUUAAAGUUCACACUGAGCUGGACAAAAAGAGUUAUUCCUGUCCUGUGUGUGAGAAGUCAUUUUCUGAAGAUAGACUUAUAAAAUCGCACAUCAAGACAAAUCACCCUGAGGUUUCAAUGAGUACUAUUUCUGAGAUUCUUGGCAGAAGAGUUCAGCUGAAAGGACUUAUUGGAAAACGAGCUGUGAAAUGUCCUUAUUGUGAUUUUUAUUUCAUGAAGAAUGGAUCAGACCUUCAGCGUCAUAUCUGGGCUCAUGAAGGUGUCAAGCCCUUCAAAUGUUCUCUUUGUGAGUAUGCCACUCGCAGCAAGAGUAACUUGAAAGCCCAUAUGAAUCGUCACAGCACUGAGAAAACACACCUUUGUGAUAUGUGUGGGAAAAAGUUCAAAUCAAAAGGCACCUUGAAGAGCCAUAAACUCCUUCAUACUGCUGAUGGAAAGCAGUUUAAAUGUACAGUGUGUGAUUAUACAGCUGCCCAAAAACCACAGCUCUUACGUCAUAUGGAACAACAUGUCUCUUUCAAGCCUUUCCGUUGUGCGCAUUGCCAUUAUUCCUGCAAUAUAUCUGGUUCCCUGAAGAGGCAUUACAACAGAAAGCAUCCUAAUGAAGAGUAUGUAAAUGUAGGUUCUGGGGAACCUGCAGCAGAAGCACUUAUCCAACAAGGUGGCAUUAAGUGUCCUGUUUGCAGUUUUGUGUAUGGUACAAAAUGGGAGUUCAACAGACAUCUUAAGAACAAGCAUGGUCUGAAGCUAAUGGAACACGAUGGGGAAACAAAGUGGGAGUUAACUGCUGAAGUUUCUGAAGAAUCAUCCACUCAGUAUCUCCAUAUCACAGAGGCUGGGGAAGAUGUUCAGGGCACUCAGGCUGCAGUAGCUGCAUUACAGAACCUUAGAUAUACUUCUGAGAAUGGUGAAAGACUUGACCCAACAGCUGUGAAUAUCCUGCAGCAAAUCAUUGAGUUGGGUGCAGAAACUCAUGAUGCCACUGCAGUUGCUUCUGUAGUUACCAUGGCACCUGGAACUGUAACAGUAGUAAAGCAGGUAAAAGAAGAGGAGCAAUCAGCCAAUCACACUCUGAUGAUUCAAGAGACACUGCAGCAAGCUUCAGUGGAGCUGUCUGAACAGCAUCACCUGGUAGUCUCAUCGGAUGAAGUGGAGGGAAUUGAGACAGUGACUGUCUACACGCAGGGAGGAGAGGCUUCAGAGUUUAUAGUUUAUGUACAGGAAGCUAUGCAGCCUGUGGAAGAGCAAACUGUGGAACAAUCUGUCCAGGAACUCUAGGGAACAGUAUUCAAAGAGGAUGGUUACGUGAUUUGUCAAAGCCAAAACUUCUAUUUCUUUUCAUAACACAGUCAAAAGGAAACAUGCUGGCAAUUUUUCAAUUAAUUUGUGAAGCAAGAUUUUGUUACUGGAUAGUGAUCUGGCUGGUUGGAUUGUAUGAGUAACUUAGGCGUAUUAUAUACACAACCUCCUCAGACUUUUUUUUUUUUUUUUUUUAAACUGUUCAUAUUUUGAGGAAAAAGUAUUCUUCCUCUUCUAAGAAGACCUCUCACUUGCUUCCUAUGAAUCCUGAAAAAUGUGGUUGGUCACUUCAAAACCGUGUUAUCCUUACAAUAAUAAAACAUCUAUAAAGGUCAGCCAGAAUAUCUAUAGAAGUCAGUACAUCCCAUCUUAUAAAUACUUAAAAUAUUCUUGACUUGACUGGAAACAGGGUUUUUUGUAAAAUUAUCAUGACUUCUUAUUUCUGAAUAUAUGCUUAGAAUGUGUUUGCAGAGCUGUGGACCUAACCCACAUAUGUAAGGCUCAAGAUUUUAAUUAGAAAUAUACCACAGGUGGACUCUAGCUUGUACUUCUGAGUUGAUCCUUUGGUUUUGGGAGAUAUUUAAAGCCAUAUAUGAUAAUUCUGGGUACUAGUAGGAUGAUUAUUAUUUAGAUAAUUGAAUAAUGCUAACUCUCAAUCACACUAAAUAAAUAUCUGUCCACUACCAUACAAUGAAACCAAAUCUAUUUGUCAACUCUUUGAAAUAUUCUUCUGUUUUUAAGAAAAAAUUAUAUUCAAAUGAUGUGUAAAUGCUAUAAAAUAUGUAUGUUAAUAUGUUUUAAAAAGUUUGUAAAUAUAUGACUGUGUGAAAGAACUUGUACAAAAAAAUUAAGUAAAUAUUGACAAGAGUUUAGAUAUUCUUAAUUAUGCAUGUAUAUAGUUCCAAGUUUUUCUUCAUGAAUCUUAAUUUGUUUCUGAUUUAAUAUUUUUAAAUUUGAUCUAUAAAAGUUAUUAAUUGAUAACAAAA